CAAGACAUAAUUUGAAUAAAGCCUGACAUAGCCAAAAUGAUUCAUUAAGGAAUGAUAUCUAUCAUUUAGAUUAACUUAGUUUGUGUAGAAGUUUCUCUCCUCAAAGGAAGGAGAAGGUUUAGUAGUAGUAUCAAUAAUUUUUUGGCUAAUGAAUUUUUGUGUAGCUAAAAGAUCUUGUUAAUUUGUUAUUAUUUUGGCUAGGGUGGAAUUCUUGUACAGUAUUAAGCCCUAAACAACAUUGCUGGUUGAUGAAAUGGAAAGACAAAAUGUAUACAUUCCAUCUGUCAAUGAGAAAAAGAGGUUGAAAAAUGGUUCCCUGUCUGAAAAACCAAAACCCCUGUUCCCAGGAUGCCUUUUUUUGCGAUGUGUACUGAACAAGGAGCUGCAUGACUAUAUAAGAGAGGUUGAUGGUAUUGGAGGUUUCCUUGGUUCCAGGGUUGGAAGCAUAAAGAGACAGAUUAACAGACCAAGGCCGGUUGCUGAUGAAGAUAUCAAAACAGUCUUCAGGCAGGCAAAAGAAGAACAAGAAAAAGCUGAUCAAGCAUUUGAGGAACAAGAGCGUGGUGCAGUCCAAAACUCUGGGAUUCCCAAUACGGAGUUAGAACCUGAUGAAGUUUCUGAUGCUUCUGUUGAGUCUAAGCCUAAAAGACGAUCCAGAAAAACUUCUGACCAGCUCAGUGUUCCAGGUAGCAAGCUCUUUGUUCCAGGUUCUACUGUUAGGGUUGUAUCUGGAACAUUUUCAGGUUUUACCGGCACUCUCAAGAAGCUGAAUCGCAAAACCAAAAUGGCCACUGUACAUUUUACACUAUUUGGGAAGGAGAACAUAGCAGAUAUAGAUGUCAGUGAAAUUGUUCCAGAGACUAAUUGAUGCUUGUAAGUUCUGCGCCGUAUUUGAAAUGCUAUGCAUCACAUUUUCUGCUGUUCAUAAUAGUGUUAGUAGAUAGCUUCGGAUCGUUGAAAUUGGAAGGGAAAAUAAAAAGCUUUAUAGAGUUACUGGAUGCUCUCUCAGCCUUCUCCAUUUAUGGUUAAGCUGAAUUUUUGAAGAUAUUCAUUCUUACCUAGUAGUCUAGCAUUGACUUGUGUUGUGAGUCAUGCAUUGCGGAUGUUAAGCAAUCAGCUACCUUAGUAAGAUUAAGACGACAUUAUGGGAAGCUGCUGUCAGAAGUGUCAUGCUCAAUUAACGAAAUACAACUUUUGAAGCCUGAACUGAGACCCGAGGGACAAAAAUCAAAGGUAACGGUUACGAUAUGCUUUAGCCAUUGCUAAUAGAAGUUUCACGACUGAGUCGCUCAUAGUUCUGUUCUGUUGAAGGGAAUUGAUAUCUUGGAUAGACUUGGUUAUUAUUUAAGUUAUAAGGCAAUAGGCAUGAUUGUGUUUGUGAUGUAAGUUUUAUAACACAGAUUUUGAUAUGAUAGCAGUUUUUCUUCUCAAUAAUGUACAUGCUAAGUGAAUUUGUUUUCUCCUCCUUUUUCUUCCAAAGUACCUUUCGCUCAGUGCAAUUUCCCAGCACUUCUGUGUAUUAACUGUUGCAAGUAAUUAAGAUACACCAUCAUUUGCUGGAUUGUCUAAUGUGAUGAGCAUUUGU